UGGUGAGAGGCGCGUCUGGACUUGAGCAUGUUUUUUUGUUCAUUUUCGCGCCCUCCAUUUGCCCCUUCAGUUGCUGACCCGGUGGAUUUCCUUGGUCCCGAUUGAUCCUUUUUCCAUACAGGACCUCGAUUUCGGCCGCCGUUUGCACAGAGCACGUUUUCCCUGGCAGGAUUCUCUGAGCUUUGAGGUUUCUAUUCUCACCUACGAUCAGGAAAAGAAGAUUACACCGUCAUAUCUUGCUCAGAGUCCUGUUUUAUUUCACGAGCCAUUAGAUCCAAAGACCGGCCUAUCCUACCAGUCUUCGUCUAGGGGCUACGACAAAUAUCAAGUACUUGACGGCGUCUAUGGCAUUAAGGGACGAAACCCCCUUGUGGUGAUUGCUUCUUUGAACGGCGGUCCUUUUGUAUGACAACACCUGGAGGAGAGCAUUGUGGUGUUCUGACCAUUCCACUACUCGACAAUCAUGUCUCUUCUCACAAGACAUGAUCAUGGCGGGGAUAUGGGGGAUAUGGAUAUGGGAAGUAUGAGCGCUGGGAACAAUGUCCCAGGCUACUUCUACAUGCAGAAAAUGUUCUGGGUGGUCAUCGGCUCUGUCAUUGCUUUCGCGACCCUUCUGAAUAUUCUUGACCAUAUCCUCCUCUGGCAACGACAGCGAAGCCUUGAUGCGAAACCAAAGUCUUUCCUCUGGGCCUUUUACGCCACAAUGACAGCCAUUAGUCGCGAGAUCAAUGCUUCUUCACUUCCAACUUAUCAACUUGGAUGGCUUAAAAUCCGCUCGCCUCCUCUAGGCAAGGUCAUUGUGGUCCUGUCAUAUCUCAUCACCGUCUGUGUGUUCUGCUUCUAUAGAUACGACACCACGGAUCAAUGGAGUUGGGAGAACAUCGCCUACAGGUGUGGAUGCAUGGCUCAAACACAGCUUCCUCUGAUAUUCCUUCUCGCGGGAAAGCAAAACAUUAUUGGCUUCCUGUCCGGCGUCGGCUACGAACGCCUCAGCUGGUUGCAUCGAUGGGUGGCCCGGGUUCUCUGGUUGACGGCUACUUUCCAUCUUGGAUUCUGGUUCAGAAGCUGGGCACGCUACGAUUACAUCAAAGUGAAGCUGGCCACAGACAAUAUGACACAAACUGGCUUUGCUGCCUGGUGCAUCUUGACUGCCAUCGUGGCGACCUCCUUUGCACCAAUGCGGCGCUUGAGUUACGAGGUCUUCCUCGUCGUUCAUCUCAUCCUUUUUUCUGGAUUUAUCGGGUGCGUGAUAAUCCAUGUCGACUAUGGCCCGGGUUAUGUCUGGGCUUGUGUUGCGAUUUUCUUCUUCGAUCGAGUCCUCCGAUUUGUUAUCACGCUUUUCGCCAAUUUUUCCUUCUUCCAUCGACAGCUGCCAGGAAGGGACUGGCUGUGGGCAAACAGAGCAACUUUGACGCCCCUGCCAGGAAACAUAACGCGAAUUACUAUCGACAAGCCGGUUCUGAGGUGGACAGCGGGACAACACGUUUUCCUCUCCUGCCAUACGGUGGUCCCUUUGCAGAGUCAUCCAUUCAGCAUUGCCUCGAUCCAGUCUGAUGAGAAGCUGGAAUUUCUAGUACAAGCAAAAGGAGGUGGUACAAAACGCUUCCAUCGAUUCGCCCAAAAGGGCAUGGGCCUUCCAAGUCACGAAGAUCUCCCUGUCACCCGACAAAAGCUUGUUGGAGUCGAAGGUCCAUAUGGUCGAAUCAGACCCUUGCGUCAGUUUGAUAGCAUUUGUCUCUUUGCCGGCAGUACUGGUGCCACUUUCACAGUACCGUUAAUGCGCGACAUCGUACAGCGGUGGAAGACUGGUGUCCUUGGUUCUGGCAUUGUUACGAAGCGUAUUCGAUUUAUUUGGGUGGUGAAAGCUCGCGAUCGAGUGUCCUGGUUUCAGAAACAGUUGGAAACCGCACUGAUGGACGUUGACGAAGUCCGGCGACAUGACGGCCAUUCGGACAAGGAGCUUGACCUCAGCAUCUACGUGACUUGUGACGAUAAAUUGGAAGCAUCCAAUAGUGAGGCAAUAUGUGAGCCAUCGGCACAUGGCACCGCAGAGAUUGCCACUCUUCAGACCAAACAGGCCGCAACGGCAAAGGAAAAAGUCACAGAUGAAAAGGUUGAUGUCCGCUCGGUUGCCUCCAACGAAGACGUCCAGGAUGGUUGCGGAUCUGACGGAACCUGUUGCUGCAGAAGCACCGUCGACGAGGAUGGGCAACCAAAAACAUGUUGUUGCUGUGCAGCAUCAUCAAGUGCAGAAUCCUCUUCCUCCUCCUCCAUCAAUGAGAAGGAUGCUUCAGAGGCAAUUGUACCUACACAACGCCUUAAAAUGGUGGCUGGUCGGCCAAAACCUAGAAGUAUCAUCAGAAAAGUCCUGGAGGAGGCGGAAGGAGAAAGCGCAGUGGUGGUCUGUGGACCACAGGGUCUACAGGAUGAUGUGCGACGAAGUGUGGUUGCGUUGUCGGAUGAAAGAGCGGUGCAUAAAGGAACCGGCGCUCAGGGGAUAUAUCUUCACGUGGAGGGUUUCUGUUACUAGACUGUGACAGUGCCAAGGUAUUGUUUGUCAUUUUAGCAUAGCAACAGGAGUUCUGACGAAGGACAAAUAUGAUUUGAUGAUACCCACGAA